GAAGACAGUCAGAAACUGUUGGUUCUGUCCUGAAUCCCGAAUGGGACUGCAUAGAGCAGGAGGGUUUGUAACUCUGGCCGAUUCUUCUCAUGCACCAACACCUUUCAUCAUGUGCUGCGAAGGAGAUGAACUAUAUGUAUGUAUGCGGGUACAUAUAGUCUGCCUUGGAUCCCACUUUCUCUCUCUUCGAAUUUCGGACCCAUCAACGAGCCUCCAUCGCCCCGGACAAAAAACAGUGGGUCUCCGACUAUAUCCGCAUCAAAACACCAGUCUGUCUAUGAAGUGGUACAUAGAGGGACACUCACUCGAUCCUUAUUUAGACUAACAGACAUCCAGCUGAUCCCCACCAGGCCAGACCGAUCACCGUCUUCUCUCUGCAAGUCUACAUAAAGAAUUAAAUAUACCCGCAUCUCCUCUCCUUCCUAGAAUGCGGCCCUCCUCGGUUCUCUCUUCUUCCAGCAUAAUUGUAUCAUUGCUUUGCUCGUUGUUGGGACCUAUUAGUUUAACUUGGGCCCGUUCAGACAUAUCGGCUCCUAUGGAACGCGUCCAUGAUCAUUCUGCAACUCCACUCAAAAUCGUCGUUGGUGGUUAUUCGGGGAAGAUAGUGACAAUAGAAUACGAUCAGAACAGGAAAGUUUUUCAGGGACUGAAGACGGAGACGAGAGAGUCGACGAGCGGGAAGAGCCCGUCGUUUGUGGGCUUCAGUCCGGACGGAAGAUGUCUGUAUGCGACCAACGAAGUCUCGGAUUUCCGGGGCCUGAACGCCACCGGAAGCAUCUCCUCCUUCGCCAUCACCGCCGAUCAGUCGCUCCGCCACAUCGCCACCGCGCUCACCGCCGCCGAUCCGGUCGCCUUGGCCGUCUCUCCUGACGGCAAACACUUGGUCGUCGCCGAAUAUACCGGUGGUUCUUGGUCCAAAUUCACCCUCAAUGACCAGUGUGGCUUCCAAUCAGAGAAUGCUGAUCAGCGCGUCAAAUACCAUGGAUCGGGCCCUAACACCAGCCGACAAGACCAUUCGUAUAUCCAUCAAGUCGUUUACAAUCAUGCGGGAGACUUGUUAUUUGCAGUCGACCUCGGCGGCGACUCGGUCUAUGUGCAUCGAGUGGACCGGAGGACCGGAGACAUAGAAGAGAAGGUUGUCCACGAGAUCAAGCUUCCUCCAGGAAGUGGACCUCGGCAUCUAUCGAUGACUGGAAACCGAGCCGAAGAGUAUGACAUCUAUUUGAUCAGCGAGCUGAGCAACCAGCUGUUCACGAUCCGCCUAAGCGACCAUCCACACCACGGAAUCAAGACGACGAUCCGGCAAGAGACGAGUACCUUACCAGCCGGGACGGCGGAGGGGAUGAGGCGGACCUAUGGGGCAGGAGAAGUGAUGAUGAGCGGGGAUGGCCGAUAUGUGUACGGCUCGAACCGCCAGACGGAUCUCAGCAAGCCGCUCUCGGACAACUCGAUCGUCGUCUUCAAGCGCGACCCGCACUCCGGAAGAACCUCCAAGCCCGCUUGGUUCCCCCUCCCCGGCCCCGCAAAUACCCCCCGGCACUUCAGCUUCUCGAACGACCCCCUCCAGAAGUUCUUCAUCGUCGGCGCCCAACAGGCUAACUCCUUGUCCAUCUUUCUCAGAAACCCUGCCACUGGAGCAUUGCGAUUCCUCGCUAACACCCCCCUUCAGACUCCGGCCGUUCAACUCUUCUUCCCUCAUACUCAAGCUUCUUACAAUUAACCAACUUAAGUUAUUUCUUCUUUUUCGCUCGUUAACUAUACUUUUUGUUGUACAUCAUCUACGAGGGUUGUCAGCUAGUCUAUAUAACACACUCAGAUGUGAUUCAAUUUAUCUUUCCAAGAUGAUGAUGAUCAUCAUCAUCCAGGAAACCCAUGUACAUAUUUAUCUAUGACAAUGACGACGACGACGACGAUGAUGAUCAAAAAAGUACCUCUGUUGUGUUGAUCGAAAACGUAGACAGAUACC